GCGCGAGUCGGACAUCACUGUUAGUGCAGCAGUUUUAAAGAGGCUGCCGUGGAUCUUCUGCUGAUAUGGAGACUCUUACCAUCCACAGAGACGGAUCGUGCAACUUUAAUGAGCCGACUGAACGGAUUACGCGCUUUUUUGGCUGCUCUCCUGUCGCAUUAACAACUCCAAACAUGUCCAAAAGCCUGAAGAAGAAAAGUCACUGGACUAACAGAGUCCACGAGGUUGUGUUAUUGAGGGGUCCGAGCGUGGAUCUCGGGUUCGAGCUGCAGGGAGGCGCGGAGAAUGGACAGUUCCCCGUGAUUGGAGAGGUGAAACCGGACAGGCGCAGACUGCACCAGGACGAGCUCCUUCUGGAGGUCAAUGAUACUCCAGUGGCCGGACUGACCAUCAGGGAUGUGUGGGCUGUGGUCAGACACUGCAAAGACCCUGUCCGCCUCAAGUGUGUCAAGCAAGGAGGUGUUGUGGAUAAAGAUCUCAGGCAGUAUCUCAACCUGCGUUUCCAGAAGGGCUCUUUGGACCACGAGCUGCAACAAAUAAUUCGAGACAACCUCUAUCUUCGUACUGUACCCUGUACAACCAGACAGCCUAAAGAAGGAGAGGUCCCAGGAGUAGACUACAACUUUGUGACCGUUGAGAGGUUUGUGGAAUUAGAGAAAAGUGGAGCUUUGCUGGAAAGUGGAACUUAUGAAGAUAACUAUUACGGCACCCCAAAGCCCCCUGCAGAGCCCAGCCCACUGCUGCUGAAUGUAGCUGAGCAGCUGUUGCCAGGUGCUACACCCAGAUCACAGGGCAAACGCAGACGUAACAAGUCCGUAAGCAACAUGCAAAAGGCUGGCAUCGAGCCGCCCGAGGAGGAGAGGCCCGUCAUCAACGGCAACGGAGUGGCCAUCACCCCAGAGUCCAGUGAACAUGAAGACAAGAGUACAGACGCCUCAGGAGAGAUGCCUACCACAUGCCCCUCCGAGACCUCCACAGAUGCCCCUAAAGAAGAGACAGAAUCACCAAAAUCACCUCCCAAACUGGACGAGAAUGACGAGUUGGGUCCUCUGCCAGAUAACUGGGAGAUGGCUUACACUGAGAAAGGAGAAGUGUACUUUAUAGACCACAAUACAAAGACGACGUCCUGGUUGGACCCCCGGCUUGCGAAGAAAGCGAAGCCCCCUGAAGAAUGCAAAGAGAACGAGCUUCCUUAUGGCUGGGAGAAAAUUGAUGACCCUGUUUAUGGAACCUACUAUGUUGAUCACAUAAACCGAAGGACUCAGUUUGAGAAUCCAGUUCUAGAGGCCAAGAGAAGAUUGCAACAGCAGCAGCAGAUGCAGAGUCAGGGCUUGUCCUCUCUCCCCCUACCUACAGUCUACAGAGAGAAGCCUCUGUUCACACGGGACCCCACGCAGCUGAAGGGCAGCUUUCUGUCUACAGCCCUACAGAAAAGCAACAUGGGAUUUGGCUUCACUAUCAUCGGUGGUGACGAACCAGAUGAGUUCUUACAGGUCAAAAGUGUCAUACCAGACGGGCCUGCUGCACAGGAUGGGAAAAUGGCUACAGGAGAUGUGAUUGUCUACAUUAAUGACGUCUGCGUCCUGGGCACCACUCACGCUGAUGUGGUGAAGCUUUUCCAGUCGGUGCCAAUUGGACAAAGCGUAACCCUCGUCCUUUGCAGGGGUUACCCUCUUCCAUAUGACCCGGAGGAUGCAGCCAUUACAUUGCCGUCCCCCCUCAGUCUAAUUGAUCAUCAUCUGCUGGUCAACGGACGGAAUAGCUACGACAGCUACAUGGAGUACAUCUCCCGCACUGCUCGCUUCGUCGACCCAAUCCAAACGACACUGGCGCAGCCUCACCCUGGAGACACCCACCUGGAUGCUGGACCACUGGAGGACAGCGUCUCAAUGGCGUCGUCAGGGGCGGCUGGAGGAGAGCUUUUAACCAUUACCAUGGUGAAAGGGGCGGAUGGGUUUGGAUUCACCAUAGCAGACAAUAAUGGAGGACAACGGGUGAAUCAGAUUCUGGAGGCACAGGGGUGCCCGGGGCUGUGCGAGGGCGAUCUGAUUGUGGAAAUUAACCAGCAACCCGCGCUAACACUGUCACACACACAGGUGGUGGAGCUGCUAAAAGAAUGUCCUGUUGGGGCUGAGGCCAUGUUGGUUGUGCAGAGAGGAGGGGCAGGUCACUUUUCACCUUGGAAGACUUCUAAACAGGUCUUGGAACAUUGGGAUCCUUACAGCAGUCCCACAGCCAGUCUAUCUAUCCAUGCUCUCCCUCACAGCGCUCCAUAUCUGCACUGGCCCUCAGGUCCAAAGUUUGACCUGACCAAGCCUGAUCCCUAUGACCUGUAUGAGAAGUCCAGGGCUAUCUUUGAGAAUAGGCAGCCAGGGCUUCCUCGAGCAGCUCUCCCAGCUGACCCUUCCGAGUUCCAGGAGGUGGAGGUGCAUUUGCAUAGACAGAAGUCUGGUUUCGGCUUCAGGAUCCUGGGCGGAGAGGAACCAGGACAGCCUGUGAGUCCGAAGGCUCCGGAGAAGAUCCUGAUUGGUGCAAUCAUUGAGAAGAGCCCAGCAGAUAAAGACGGGCGUCUACGGCCAGGAGACGAGCUGAUGUCAGUCGAUGGGAUCCCUGUGGCUGGAAAACCCCACCGUUACGUCAUUGACCUCAUGCAUGGGGCGGCCCGGACUGGGCAGGUUAAACUCACUGUACGACGGAGAAUUCAGUCCACAGGUGAACACUGUCCAGAGAACGGCCGCAGUCCUGGAUCGACCCAGCAUAGUUCCCCCAGGAGUGACUUAAACUCCAGAAUGUUCUGUAACAACUCCGCCCCCUUGCAUAACUCUGCCCCAUCCAUCACAGGCUCCUCCCCACCAGACAAUGUAGCCAAUCAGAAUCUGCAGCCUAGUGAUGUCACCAUCCAGCGCAAGGAGAGCGAAGGGUUCGGAUUCGUUAUUAUCAGUUCACUUAACAGGCCCGAAUCCACGGCUGCUGCUGCCGUACCCCAUAAGAUUGGCCGGAUCAUUGAGGGAAGUCCAGCAGACCACUGUGGGAAGCUUAGGGUUGGAGAUCGUAUUUUGGCUGUCAACAAUCAGUCUAUCGUCAACAUGCCACAUGCCGACAUCGUCAAAUUGAUCAAGGACGCAGGACUCAGCGUCACACUCAGGAUCAUCCCUCACGAGGAGACGAACAGCACACCUUCUGCAGGCAGCUCAGAGAAGCAGAGCCCUAUGGCCCAGCCCAGUCCAGUUUGCCAACCCAGCACUGUGAACCAGACCGGUGCUGCCCAUCCAGCCAAUUCCACCCCUCAACCCAACUCUGCACCUCAGCCCAGCCCCAUAAUGAAGCAUAGUUCAGAAGCACAACCGAGCCCUGUCACUCAAUCCAGCCCAGCCAAUCAGCCCAGCUCAGUGACCCAACAAAACCCGGCCACCCAGCCAUCCACAGUGCCAGUACAGAUCUACAGCCAUGACAGCAGCUACAGAUCAGAGGUGAAAGCAAGACAGGAUGUAAAGCCCGAUAUUCGGCAGCCGUUCACUGAUUACCGGCAGCCCCCGGUGGACUAUCGACACCCUCCUGUAGCAGACUACCGACAGCCACCAACGCUCGAUUAUAGACACCCCCCGCUGCUAGACUACAGACAGCUGUCCACUGACCCUCGCACCUUUCCCUUACCCGACUACAGGAUGCCACAGGAUUUUGAUUACUUCACGGUUGAUUUGGAAAAGGGUAUGAAAGGUUUUGGCUUUAGUAUCCGUGGAGGCCGCGAGUAUAAGAUGGAUCUGUUCGUUCUGCGAUUGGCCGAAGACGGACCAGCAAUACGCAAUGGAAGAAUGAGGGUUGGUGAUCAGAUCAUUGAAAUAAAUGGGGAGAGCACGAGGGAUAUGACCCAUGCUCGGGCCAUUGAACUCAUCAAAUCGGGUGGCCGUAGAGUUCGGCUGCUGCUCAAGAGAGGCACAGGGCAGGUCCCUGAGUAUGCAGAUAGUCCCACCCCCUGGGAUGCUCACACUACAGCCUCCCCAAGUCUGUCGGAAGUAGCACCACCCCUCGACAGUUUACCUAAUCCAUCAGCUUCUUCUCAUAUGAACCCACCCACCAACCCACCUCAUACAUCAUCCUUGGAAGCAGUAGGUCCAGACUGUUGCCAGGAUCCUAGAGGCCCAGAGAGUAGGGCCCUGGAGCAAGCCAGUGUGGGGAAGAGGUCAGCUGUGGCAGGUGGAGUUGGGGGUGGGACCAAACAGAGGGAGGGUAGCAGGACCAACCGUCGCUCUAGUGGGGGGAAGAGUCAGCAACAAUACCUUGAUGAACUUGCAGGAGAGCCCAAAUCCCACAAAAGCAGCCGGGCAAAGUCCAAGGAGCGCAGGAGGGAGCAGAGCAACACACCUCGAAAGCGAGACUCACCUAAAACUUCUCCAAAUGUUACCAACAUGAAUGGGGGAAACGGAUGCUUAGAUGGUUGCAACAACCAACAUGGAGCUCUGGUGCCAUUCAAAGCCCUACCAAAGGAACCAGAGAAAGGGCAAAUGAGUCGUCCCAGCCACAAUUCCAAGACCAGCAGCAUUGCAUCAGGCAGGAAGGCCACAGUAUCCCCAGGGCCCUGGAAGAUCCCUGGUUCGGACAAGCUACCCAGUACCCUGCGCUCAGCCAACUCCACCAUCAGCAGAUAACAUCUCAUAAUAAUCUCAGGCCCAAGUUUACACAUUACUUUUGGCCUUGACUUCUUUUGGCCAAGUUUUGGACCAAUCUUUGGUCAUGAUCUGCCUUGAUUUGGGACUGGUUGGGCUUGGGCUCUUCUUGAUUGCUUUUCACAGGCUUGCUCUACUUGGAAGAGAUUGGGUUUAACCUUGACUGGGUAACACCCUUCCAUAUUCCUCACUAAAGACCUUUCCAUGCAUUUCUAGACAGAGCAUUUUUUAUUUAUAUUUUAUUCUAAGUUAUUUUAACGGAUAUGACACCCACCACCUUAAGAACUGGAAGCAUUCACUCCAAAAAUGGAACCACGGUGGAAUGAGUGAUGCAUUUUGCGUGCAAAAAGAAUCCCAGACUUGUUUGAACUUGGGGAAAAGCACUCAAGAUUCAGAGAUGUACAUGCACAGAGAACCACUGACUCUUGAACAACCACUGGUGGCUACAGCAAUUUUUAUACACUUUCAUUCAAAAAUGAAGAAUACUGAAGGAGUUGCCUGAUAUAGAGUUUUUGUGUAUUUGAAGAAUGAAUAUGAAUAAAAAGCUUCUAUAUGAGUGGA